AUGGAACAUUUUAUGAAUAAUAAUUUUACUAAUGAAAAGACCAAAAAUUUAAAAAAAAAUGUUGUGCCUAAAAAAUAUGAAGAACCACAAUCCAUUAAAGUAUUAACCCCAACUAAAACUUACGGUGGACAUCCAUUUUUUCCAAAAAGUAUUCAAACACUCGGGUACAAAAAGCGACAAAACUGUGAUGAUUUUGAUGAACUGUACAUACAGACUACAAAAAAAAUAUUUAAAAAUACAGAUAACAAGUCGCCAUGUCUUACUUCUGACCUAACUCCAAAGACAAAAUUACUUCUCGAUUCAACACGAAAUUUACCAAGUCCUAGUGUUCAGUCACCAAUCAAUUCUCCGCGAUCAUCUUCAAAAAAAAAUCAUUAUUUAAUAUUGUUGACAAAUUGGAAAAUACUAUAA